AAAACAUUGGCGCUCAAAUAUGGCCUCCUCAGGAGAGGAAAAGGAUGAUGGACAAGAUGACACAGUUGUGUAUGACUCGGAAAUUGUGCUUGACCUGUGUGGCAGAAGACUCAAAAGAUUGGAAAAAGCACCAGCCAACCAAGCCUAUGCUACUGCCCUCGUAUUAGAUAACAACUCUUUACAAAACCUUGCGAAUCUUGACAGCUAUGGUGAACUGGAAAGGCUGUCUAUUGCAAACAACCAGAUUGUGAGGAUGUACUGGUUUGCUCGUAUGUACUCACUGCGUGUGCUCAACCUACCCAAUAACAACAUUGUUCAGGUUGAAGGGAUGAGGGAGCUCAUCCAUCUUGUCCAUCUCAACUUGGCUGGUAAUAAGCUAAAGACCAUUGAAGGGCUAAGUUACAACAGAACACUGGAGCACUUAAAUCUGUCUGGAAAUUUUAUAUCUCAUGUCAAUGAUCUCUCCAUGUUGAAGAAUCUCAAGGAGUUGUUUCUCCAUCGGAAUCUCAUAACUACACUCUACCGCUGCAACAAGUAUUUACCUCCCAGUCUCAUCAUUCUCACAUUAUCAGAUAAUGGUCUUAAUGAUCUCAAUGACUUAUCAAAUCUUUCACAUCUAAAUCAUCUGGAGCAGGUCACUAUUCUCAAUAAUCCCUGUCUUGACCCCAUCCAGCCUACAGAUGAGUCUGGAGUUCCUUUUGGGCCCCCUUUAGCCUUUGAUUAUAGACCUUAUGUCAUCAAUUGGUGCCUUAAUCUCAAGGUUCUCGAUGGUUACAAGGUCACACCAAAAGAGAGCUUAAAAGCAGAGUGGCUGUACUCUCAGGGUAAAGGGCGUGGGUUUCAGGUAGGAGAGCACGCUGCACUAGUUCAGUACCUGUCAGGCGUUUGCCUUGCUGGUGGAGGAUGGGGAGGUGCAGACCUUCCUGAUGAUGAUGAUAAGUUAGCCAAAAUUCUCCAGUUGGCGAAACAACAUCAGCAUGAUCUCAGACAUUCUGUUAAUGGACAGGAUGUUAGUGAAUCUUCAAGUGGACGAGGCAGUAGGUCUAGUAGUCAUCAUGACUCUCCAGCAAUGCACCGGCGAAGUGUUGUACGAUCAACGUCUGUGAGACGCAACACUGCCCCCUCACGGUCAGCUCCAGCCCGUGAGUGCCACCGCCGCACACACUCCCACUCUGCAGUCACCAGAAAUGAGUCUGGUUCACGAUCUCAGCAAGCCAAUUCUUACCAUGUAGAGCUGUCCAACACCCUGUAUGGGGGGGACCUGCGUACACCUGAUACCCCAAGCCUCAUGACGCAGAGCAUGGAUCCUGCCAUCUUAUCUCAACUAGCUGGUACUGCACCCCGGGGAUCAACUGAUCUCAUGUCACGAAGUUUGGGAGCUGAGCAGCUGUCUCGUUCCCUGGGUGUGGACCCAAUGACCCAGUCUAUGGGAGAGGAAGAGCUAAAAUAUUCAAUGGAAUUUGAUCCCAUGACACAGAGCCAGGGUCCAGAACAACUGGCACGCAGCCUAGCACAUCAAGAUUCUAGUAACAGCUUAAUGACUCGCAGCUUGGACUUGGGCCAUCUCACCAAUGGGGAGGCUGAGGCAUGGGGGGAGCAUGUGUCUCAUCCUCUACCCCACAGCCACCCACGACCCACCAGCCUCUUUGGAGACGAGAAUGAUUUGGUGGUAGAAGACGUUGAGCACCAAGAUCACAGCAGUCAGUUGACUGGGUCCAGCAAGUUUGUUCCUGCUCCAGAAAGUAUUAUGAGCCCUGAGUUUCAGGCAGCAGUGGCAACACACACAACUCACAUUCACAGCUCUUCUGGUGCCCCCACACAGCAGAGUGCUAAUGUGGCACGGUCCAGCUCCUUGUCACGUUCUCAGCGUCCACCUCCGUCCAUCAGGUCAACAUCUGCAUCUCAGGGUUCCCCAAGACAACCUACGUCACGCUCAUCAUCAGUAACUCGGCCUCGAGCAUCACCCUUGAAGAGCCCUGUCCCUACUGACAUUGCCCGAGGCUCUCCUUCUCGUACUGCAAGACCAGCUACUACACUACAGAACACCAAUACAGGGCCAUCAACUUUACCUAGACCCAAGCCUUCUCCCAAACCAGCCCCAAGAUAUGUGCGAUCUGUUUCUGUAGAGCCUACCACCAGCAGAAGAUCAAACUCAGCUAAGAAGAAAGUUGCUUCACCACAUCAUGGGUAUUCAGAUGCUGACUCAGAUAAUACAGACUCAGAAAUGUCUGUCUCCAAACUGCAAACAAUUAAGAGUAUUGCUGCUGAAAGGAAGCAGACAGAAAAACGUGGUAGAGAUCCUGUGCACUCAUCUCAUGCUUAUGACCCAGAGAAAUAUAGAAAUGGUGCUCCAGUUAGAAGUUCUGAUAAUAUGGAUGUCCGCCGACGCUCAAGCAACAGUAGUAGUGGCAGCAGUACUUCAGAUCUGACAAAAGCUCAAGCAGCCAUCACCUUACAGAAACAUUGGCGAGGCUACCAAACACGCAACAAUGAUCCUAAUGCUGCAAAAAUCAGAGAUGAUAUAAGACACUCAAGAGCUGAGCAACAUAUCAAACAUUUAACAGAGAAGUUACGUUCCACCGAAGAGGCCCUAGAACGUGAAAGGCGUCUUCGACAUAUGCAAUUAGAUGCUAUUCGUACCUUGUGGCGAGAAAUUCAAAAACUGCAGGCUAGUAAACGUGAUGGUGUCAAUACUCCCUCUACCCCAAUAACACCUCUAACACCACUUACACCCUUGGAUUCCAAAGAAGGAGCUGCUUCUGCUCCAGCAGGCACUAAAAAGUAUUCUGAAGAGAGUGUAAAAGAACUGACUGAGUUUUGUGCAUCCCUGCAAGGACAGGUUGGACAGCUUCAAGAAUCAUUGUCAAUGGUUACACAAGUGAUGAAUGCAUUUUGCAAUCUACCAGGGUCACAGUCACUGCUCACAAUGUCCCAGUCUAGUGGAUCAGGCCAUGAAAGGUCACCAGGAGGAGGUGAUUCACCACCAUCUCAGAGUGUAGCAUCAAUUCCUGUUCCUCUCAGUGAAUCAGUAACCUCACUCACACACUCAAUACGUGCCCUAACUACUUCAAUUGUGAAAUCUCCAUCAAAUCAUAAUGAUAAUACAAUUUGUGUUGAGGGUAUUGUUGGUGUAGGUGGUAGUAAUGUUAAUAAUAGUGGCAAGAUUCAUUGUGAUGAUGACAGUUGUGGAGAUCCAUCUAGUGAUGGUUCAGAUGGAACUCCAGUAGCUUGCCAGAAACAGCCACCCCAUUUAGAUCAGUUUAUAAACCCAGAAAUGAUUAAUUCCAUGACUUCUGUAGCCUCAACUGAUCUUAAUGCAACAGCUCUUGACGCAUCUACUCUUUCUGUUGAUUCAACCGAGGGUGGGGAAGCAGAUACAACUGGUCGUGAUGAAGCUGAACUCUCAGAAUCGAGUCAGUCAUCCCUCUCUGGAAGUUUAUCUGGAAGUCACUCUGGUAAUCAGUCAGAAGGUGGCCGACAAGCUGCUAGUCAAGGCCCACAAAGACCGUCCUCCUUGCCAGUUCCAAGGCCACAUACCCCCCGCACCACUACUUCUUGACCCUCGUGCCCUCCUUCUUUGCUGGCACUACACCCAACUCUAUGCCCCAGUCUGCGCCCUGCACCCCGUGCUAUCCAGCACUAUGCUACUGCUCUCCUGUCAUCGGUGCUCACUGAUCUCACAAUAAUUGCAGAUCAGAAACCACGAUGAAUCCCCCCCCCCACCCCUUCCAACAAAAAUUAUGGCAGUUAAAAUGUUUGUGAGUCAUAACAGAAUACUGUAAUUAAAAGAUAUAAAAUAAUUCCAGUCCAUUGCUAAUGUUAUUAAUACUGUAUUACUUUUUUAAUGCAAAACAUUUCCAAGUCUGAAAUCAGUUACAUUUUACUUCAACUAUACACCAAAAGAAAUUAAAACAUAUAUAAUAUAAUUCUUAUAACAGCUGUAUGCACAGUGAUUGACAUGUGACAAGUUAUAUAAAGAUUUGCAAUCUAAUGCAGCAAUAUCUCAUUGAGACUAAAGUGUGCACAGGGUGUUUGACUUAUGGAUAAUUAUGAAUACUAAUAAAAAUCAGAUGUCUCUUGUUCAGACAAAAUGUUCUUAAAUAGUGAGAUUUUUCCAAAUUGAAAAUUUAAAUAAUUCUGAAUUUCCAAAAAAAAAUUCAAAAUUAAAGCAUUUGGAUUUUUUUUUUAACACACUGGCCGUCUCCCACUGUGGUAGGGUGACCUGAAAAAGAAGAAACACUUUUUCCAUCAUUCACUUCACUAGAUUUAGUGCUUAGUUUUGAUUACAGCCUCUCUUCACUUAACGACAGAGUUCUGUUCCUAAGACCAUGUCAGUAAACAAAUUCGUCACUUUGUGAGGAGCAUACUAUAAUGGUAGUGGGUUUGUGUCGAGCAUCUUUAAUAUUGUUUUAAUGUCACCUUUGCACCAUUGAUAACAUUUCUGGUAUAUUUUUAGAUGUUUAUACAGUAGUGUACUGUAUAUAAUGAUAAACAGAAGAGAAGAAAUCAGCUCUAAUAUACAUUAUGUAGAUAUGCCUACUGGUCAGAAAACCCUCAUAACUCCAAGUCAUCGGUAAACAAGUACAUUGCUAAGUGAGGAGAGGCUGUAUAAUAAUAAUAUCACUCCAUCACUGUCUUGCCAGAGUCAUGCUAAUACUAACUGAGAUGCCACUACAGAUAUCCCUAACCAUUCCUGAGAGUGCAGGCACUGUACUUUACACCUCCACAUCUCAAGUCUGAAUUCCUUCACAAAUGUUACCUUGCUUAUACUGUAACAGCUUGUCAAGUCCCAAGAAUCAUUUGUCUGUCCCCACUCAUUUCUACCAUCCUCUAACAUGCCUGCUGGAUGUCCAAGCCUCUCGCACACAUCACCUCUUUUACCCCUUCCCUCCAAUCAUUCCUAUGGCAACCCCCCUGCUGCUAGCUGGUCUGCAUAUCCUCUAAGCAAUCUUGGGCACAACUUUUUUGGCCCACAACCUUUUCUUGGUCAAGCGAUUUAAGAAGGAAAUGCACCUCCUCCUGCCUUAUUGUCACCAAUGACAGUUUUAACACAGUACUUGCAGCUAGCCGAGGGUCCCUUGCUGGACCAGGAACUUGUAUUUUGGUAGCAAAGUGUUUGGCAAAGAGGUCAGCUUUCUCUUAACUACUAGUAGAGGUGGUCCCAUUCUGUUAAUUUAGAGGUGGAAUGAGUUCAUCAGGCAGAUAACCUUGUCUGGUCUUAACCAGGGACCACUAGGUUUUGGAGCCUACUCUACCUGAUGCUAGCUUUCUUUUUGUGUUCACCUCCCAUUUAGCAAUGGCCCACUUUUGAACCUCACCCAUAUGCCUACAGGCUCGUGUAUGCAAGUUCCUGUUAUAGGUGGUAGGAUGUCUCUUAUACCUUCAUCAUGCCUUGUACCUAGCAGUAGCAGCCUCUCUACAACUGAAGCCAAACCAAGGCUGAUCUGUCGGCUUCAUCACGUACUGCCGGUGAGGGAUGUGUUCUUGUUGUAGAUUAAGAAUGUGUCCAGUGAAGGCUUUCACUUGGUUGUUAACAUCCCCUUGGAGAAGAGCAUUCCAAUUGGUGGUGGCAAGCUCAGAGCAAAGGGCUGGCCAAUUACCUUAUUCUCAUAGCCAGAUAGUGCGUGUGGACUCCUCACUUCAUUCUUUUGGGAUCUUAAGUGUUGUAAAAACAGCCUUGUGGUCAGACGAUCGAACAUAGCCGAGGGGUUGACAAGUGACUGUACCUUCUGCCAGAUCACUCACUACUGGGUCAAGGGAGGAGCCAGAGAUGUGAAUAGGGAAAUCAACAAAGUUACUCAUGUCAAACACUGCAAGAAGGUCAUUAUAGUCCAUCUGUAUAAGUUGUUGGUUGAGGUCACCAACAAUUAUGAUAUGUUGACAGUUGUAUUGAAGCAGAAGGGAGUUCACAUUUUCCAGUAGGAAGUUGAUGGGGUCUGCAUGUUGCCACUGAGGUCUGUACAUUGCACAUACUAGUACAGAGGUACUAGUGUUUAUGCAUAGCUUGAAGACCAUCAUAUCAAGAUGAGUAGGGAUGGCAGCAUCAAUGUGCUGGGCAUGUGCACUUUUAGAGAAGCACAUAGCAACACCACCUCCUUGCCCUUGCCUGUCUCUUCUCAUCCAUGAGGUGUAGCCAGCAGUUCUUGCAAAAUUUUCUGGAGUCCUGUCAUCCAAAAAUGUUUCAAAAACAGCUAUCAUGUCCGGACAUUGAGUGUUCACAAAACUGUGUGUGAGCUCUCCAACACUGGCAAUGAAACCUCUAAUGUUGGCCGACAGGAUGCAGAUAGACUGGCUCCUCAUGAUGUGUUCAGCUUGAGGUGGUUGGUGAGUAAGGCAUGUAAGGUGGCUGCUCUUGAGAGAGGUAGGGUACUGAGGCAGCUGCAGGGAUGUAGGUCUGUGGUCUUGUAUAAGGCACAUUACCCCCACAGGGUUUGACAAGGUUAAGGAUCCCUAGUUUUAUUGACAAGCUAUUUACAGGUUAAGGAUUCCUAACUUUAUUGGCAAGCUUAGAGCUGUUACCUACAUCAGCUCAUUUGAAAGCAUUUUUAUUGUUAUGAGACAUACAAGUAGGGAACAAGAUGAAGUUGGAGCCAUAUGUGGGCCAGCAUUUUCAUUUGAUCAACUGACUUUAUCUCGUUGACAUCAUUAUGCUGUACAAAUGUGUUCCAUACUCAAGUCAUCCUGGGUAUAUAUGAUCUCAGAUGGAGUGAUGUUCUGGAGAAGGGUACAGCCAGAGUGAAGUUGUUGCUUUCUGCCAGUCUUGUGGCAUAAAAGCUUGUUUCACGCUGUCCUCGAAGUGGAUCCAAGUGUGGUACUUUGACAAUAUUGGCCUCGUACAUAGCAGUAAGGCCACCCACAUCCCUCCUGUGUUGAAGGCUCUGCUGAAAUGACAGAUCUAUCCAGGAUGGGUCCUGGCGAGAGAUGAGACAUCUUGCUCUGUUCUCCACUCUGUCAAGCAGUUCGCAAAUGAGAGGGGGGGGCAGGCAAACCAAGAAAAUAGAGAGAGUGUGUGUGUGUGUCUGUCUGUCUGUCUCUCUCUCUGUCUCUCUGUCUCUCUGUCUCUCUGUCUCUCUCUGUCUCUCUCUGUCUCUCUCUGUCUCUCUCUGUCUCUCUCUC